AGAAUUUGCAUUAGGUAACAGAGAGUUCACCAACAGAUUCGCAUGUAAAACAUGCAUACGAUGGAUAUUAUAGUGUUUACUGACAUGAGCUCUCUAAGAGCAGGGUUGCAAGCAUACAAUUUGCGCAAACGCACGCGAGGAGCAGCAGUGUGGUGGUGAUGCUCUCUGCAUGCCGCAUGUCUUGCGUCGCAUAGCGCACACACACAGACGGAAGCGGGCUCGUGUCAGCUGGAAUCACCUUUACACAUUAUUUGGCGUUCAGUAAACGCGACGAAUCCGAGGAAUUUGGGUUCGACACACGCGAAACCGGACGGCUUGCGAGCACCAGCACAUUUCCAUCAGCCUCUUAACGCGUUACUUGAAGUAAUCAUGGGAAAACAGAACAGCAAACUGACCCCAGAGGUGAUGGAGGACCUUGUGAAGAACACAGAGUUUAAUGAACAUGAGCUCAAGCAAUGGUACAAGGGCUUCCUGAAAGACUGUCCCAGCGGUCGACUGAACCUGGAUGAGUUCCAGCAGCUCUAUGUUAAGUUCUUCCCUUAUGGUGACGCAUCGAAGUUUGCACAGCAUGCAUUCAGGACCUUUGAUAAGAAUAGUGACGGUACUAUCGACUUCAGAGAGUUCAUCUGCGCCCUGUCCAUCACGUCCCGGGGAAGCUUCGAGCAGAAGCUCAACUGGGCCUUCAACAUGUAUGACCUGGAUGGAGACGGAAAGAUCACUCGAGUGGAGAUGUUGGAGAUCAUAGAGGCUAUAUAUAAAAUGGUGGGCACGGUGAUAAUGAUGAAGAUGAACGAGGACGGUCUGACACCAGAGCAGAGAGUGGAUCGGAUCUUCAGCAAGAUGGAUAAAAACAACGACGACCAGAUCACACUAGACGAGUUCAAAGAAGCCGCCAAGAGCGACCCGUCCAUCGUACUGCUCUUGCAGUGCGACAUGCAGAAGUGAGGCUGCGCAUGCUAGCAUGCUCCGGACUGAACGAGUUAUCUGUUUCCACUCUCAUUUCCACAAGAGUAACAUGUUUGGACUACUUUUAAAAGAACUUUCUUUUUGUGAUUGCACAACUAGUAUGCAUGAGAAUGUUAACUGCUAACGAGUUUAGAGUAUAUCCGUUUAAUUUCCAACAUGCAACAAUGUGAGACGUGUAAAUCAAACGAGUCACGCAUCCAUCGUCAGUGAAGUGCUCCGCUGUAUUUCAUUUCUAGCUGCAAUACUUCCGAUCACACACACACACACACACACACACACACACACACACACACACACACACACACACACACACACA